CUACUCAGUGUGUGUACUACAGUCCAGCAAGCAUGACGACUAGUGAUAUUAUAAAACCUAUGGGACUUGUUGAGAGGCUGGCAGCGGGUGAGAGUGUCAUCGUUGCUGAGGGCUAUCUGUUUGAGUUUGAGCGGCGUGGUUACCUGAAGGCGGGACACUAUGUACCGGAGGUUGUGCUCCAGCAUCCCGACCUCGUCAGACAGCUUCACGAGGAGUUCGUACACGCUGGUAGCGACGUCGUGCUCGCCUUCACCUACUAUGCACACCGGGAGAAGCUGAGGUUCAUUGACCGAGAGGAUGACCUAGAGAAAAUUAAUAGGACAGCGCUGCGCAUUGCCCGGCAGGUCGCCAACGAAACCGGCACUCUGAUGGCGGGAAACCUGUGCAACACCAAUCUACCGAUGACACCUGGUGACGAAAAUACACGGCAGAAGAUACGCGACAUCAUGAAGGAGCAGGUGCUUUGGGCAGUGGAAGAAGGAGCAGAUUAUAUUGUACUAGAGACAAUUGGUCAUCUAGAAGAAGCCUUGAUUGGGUUGAAAGUUAUCCAAGAGUUUGGAAAAGGCUUGCCAGCAGUGGUAACAAUGAGUAUUCACAUAUCCGAAAAUUCAUUCGAUGAUGUGCCAAUAGAGGAUGCUUUAAGUCAGGUGGAGAAAGCAGGAGCCGCAGUCGUUGGGCUUAAUUGUGCCAGAGGACCAAGCACCAUGCUACCUGUCAUGAAGAAGAUUAGGCAAACCUGCAAGGGGCCUCUUGCAGCGCUGCCUGUCACUUUCAGAGUAAGCAAUGAGGAGCCAACUAUGCAGACACUGACCGACGAGAAUGGGAAGAGACCAUAUCCAGCCUUGGAGGCACAUCUCAACUCUCGUGAACAAAUUGCUCAGUUUGCCAAAGACUGCAAGGAGAUUGGCAUCCAGUACGUGGGACUGUGCUGUGGUAAUAUGGCGUGCUACAUAAGAACGAUUGCAGAGACCCUUGGGAGAACACCGCCAGCCAGCAAAUACUCCCCGAACAUGGACGAAAAUAGCUACACCAGAGAAGCUAUAUAUAACUCCAAGCUACAUGCGCGUGUAUUCAAAACCAAGCAUGUAGUUAAUACAUAGAGCUAGAACAGCUACAAUAUAGGUAGAGUAUUGGGCUGGAAAAAAUAAGGUUGAAGAGUACGCUAAUGCUAUCAAGUGGGAUCAGGAAACAUUUUGGCUACCAAACACAUACACUGCUAAUAUGAUCGUCAUUUUUAUCUUGAGCUUCGCAGCUUACUAAAGCUUUUCUACUUUUUAAGUGUACACAGAGCUUGCACAUUCAAUAAAGAUGUCGUGACCACCAAGUCAAAAGCU